AUUCUUAUGCUUUGUUUCUGGCAGGCUGUCGUCACAAUGAUUAACUUCCAGCAGUACCGCCACAUUCAAACCCCAGGGUGGACACUUGGAUGGACAUGGGCCAAAAAGGAGGUAAUAUGGAGUAUGGUGGGUGCACAAACCACAGAGCAAGGAGAUUGUUCAAAAUUUAAAGGAAACAUUCCUCAUUGUUGUAAAAAGGAUCCAUCAGUGGUAGAUUUGCUUCCUGGAACACCUUACAACCAGCAAAUCGCUAACUGCUGCCGCGGAGGGGUACUAACUGCCUGGGGCCAGGACCAAGCCAAUGCUGUUGGCGCUUUUCAAAUUAGUGUAGGUCAAGCGGGAACAUCUAAUAAGACAGUUAAGCUGCCAAAAAAUUUCACAUUGAUGGCACCAGGGCCUGGAUAUACUUGUGGGCCAGCAAAGAUUGUGAGGCCAACCCAGUUUACGACAUCUGAUAAGCGGAGAACCACUCAAGCUUUGAUGACUUGGAACAUAACUUGCACGUAUUCUCAGUUCCUGGCUCAGAAGACUCCUACUUGCUGUGUUUCUCUCUCCUCAUUUUACAAUGACACUAUCGUACCCUGCCCAACUUGCUCUUGUGGAUGUCAGAACAACAUAACCCAACCAGGAAGCUGUGUUGAAGCGGACAAUCCCUAUUUAACUUCAGCCAUUUCAGCAGGUGGACCAAAAUCUAGUAGCAAACCUCUACUCCAGUGUACCAGUCACAUGUGUCCAGUUCGGAUUCAUUGGCAUGUCAAGGUCAAUUACAAGGACUAUUGGCGUACUAAGGUUACUAUUACAAACUUUAACUACCGAAUGAACUACUCGCAAUGGAAUCUGGUUGUGCAGCAUCCCAACUUUAAUAAUCUCACUCAAUCGUUUAGUUUCAUGUACAAAGGAUUGACGCCCUAUGAUGGUUUGAAUGACACUGCCAUGCUAUGGGGAAUUAAGUUCUAUAAUGAUUUUCUUAAUGAAGCUGGGCCUUUCGGGAAUGUGCAGUCAGAGCUGCUAUUUCAGAAAGACAAAACUACUUUUAGUUUCGAGAAAGGAUUUGCUUUUCCACGGCGGGUGUACUUUAACGGAGAUAACUGUGUGAUGCCUCCUCCAGAUGCUUACCCAUGGCUACCAAAUGCUAGUUCGAGACCUAUUAUCUCUCUUCUACAACCUGUCAUGACUAUCUUGGCAGCCCUGGCUUUCUUACUUGCAUAUGCUUAGAGAGAGACAUGUUGCUUUCCAGAUUUCUCUUGAAUCACUUGUGUGAUGCACUUUCACCUUGACACUUACCAAUUGGUCUCAUUGCUGCUUCAAGUCCAGUGAUGCACUAUGACCCUUUUCAGGUACACCAUUCAUCGCUUCUAGAAAGAGCGUCCAUUGUCUAAUGAAGUGUUUGUCUAAUGAAGUGUUGAAAAUGAGAAUCUGAUGCCGUUUUUUUUAGAGAUAGGCUCUUUUGUACACGUAUUUAUACUUUUAAUUUAUAUUCUUUUUUUUUUUUUUUUUAUUUAUUAUUCUUCUUAGAGUAUUUAUUGAGACGCGUAUUUCAGUCGUUGUAACUUGUAAAAACUCUGGCCAUGGAAAUGCAAGUGUUAUAUAGAGUUGCUUGUUGUA